UCUGCCAGACACAGCAGCAGCCUCAUUUCCUCUUCUCAGGCUGCAGUUUCCUUACCCUGCCUAGGUGGCUGCUGCUCCGGCUUGGGGCGGGAUGGCUUCCCCGGGGUCCCAGAAGCUGGAGGAGAAGCUGGUGUGCUCCAUCUGCCUGGAGCUGUUCAGGGAAGCUGUGACCAUCCCGUGCGGGCACAAUUUCUGCCAGAAGUGCAUCAGCAACCACUGGGACAAGCAGGAAAAGGAGGAUCCCCGGGGAGAGGAGGCGUAUACCUGCCCCGACUGCAGGAAGGGCUUCAAGACACGGCUGGAGCUCAAGAAGAACGUGUCCCUCUGCAGCGUGGUGGAGCUGGUCAAGGCGGGCGAGGUGCAGGCCUCCGGCAUGGACGUGAAAGCCCCGGCUGACAGGGGGAAGUGCCCGCGGCAUGGGCGGCCCCUGGAGCUGUACUGCCAGGAGGAGAAGGUGUGCAUCUGCUGUGUGUGCAUCGUGAAGGAGUGCCAGGACCACCACAGGGUCCUCCUCGAGGAGGAGCGCAAGAAGAAGCAGGCCCUUUUAGAAGAGUUCUUGGAGAAGACACAACAGGAGGCAGCAAAGAUCGAGGAGGAGAAGCAUAAACUGGAGGAAACAACAGAAGAUGUUAAGGAAUCUUCAGAAAAGCUGAAAUCGGAGAUUUUGAACAAGUUUGCCCUGCUAAUGGAAGCCCUGGAGAAGCAGCGGAGGCAGACAGUGGAGACGAUCGAACGGGAGCAAGCCACUGCCCUGGGGCAAGUAGCAGAGAACUGGGCACAGCUGGAACACCAGCGGGCCACCCUCAGCCAGCACCAAGAGAAGGCCCAGGCCCUGCUGACCUGCACAGACGACAGGAUGUUCCUGGAGGAUUUCUUGCAGCUCCCUUCUGAGACCCUGGAAGCUUUGCCAGCCAUCGAGUUUAAUGCUGCCAGCAAAGUGGAUCCCAUCUCUAAAAUUGUCACUGAGGUCUCUAGGCUGUUGCUGGAGGAUUUGCCGAAAUCCCUGAACCCAGAGGUCACUAGCCCAGAAACCAAAGAGCCAAUGGAGCCAAAGGUACCAGCUGCGCUGAAGGCAGGACCACCCCUUCUUGAGUGCGAAUUAAGAGCAGGACUGCUGAAGGAUCAUAGGGAUUUGACCUUUGACCCCGACACAGCCAACAGGCACCUGCAGCUGUUCAGUCACAACCAAAGAGCCAGUCACCCUCGUUCUCAUAAUGACCAGGGUCAGAAUCAUGCAAGCAGGUUUGAGCUGUGGCAGGUGCUGUGCACCCAGUGCUAUGGCCAAGGCCACCACUACUGGGAAGUUGGGAUCUCCAGCCACUCCAUCGUUGUAGGGGUCACGUACAAGAGCAUCCAGAGGAAGAAGCAAGGUGGUGGCCACAAAUUCAACAUUGGAAAGGAUGGGUCUUCGUGGGGGCUGCAGAUCCAGGAAGAAUGCUACCUGGCAUGGCACAAUGGCCAGUCGUGCAAGGUCAAAGAGCCCUUGUACAAGUGGAUUGGAGUCAGCUUGGACUGUGACAUCGGGCGUCUUUCAUUCUAUGGCAUUGGGGACAAAAUGAAGCUCCUUCACCGUUUCUACUGUGACUUCAAGGAGCCCCUCUACCCACCCGCCUGCGUGUGCCCGCUCUGCCGCGCCCAGGACCACCGCGCCCACGACGUCGUGCCCCUCGAGCAGGAGCGCGACCUCCAGGAGGCCCAGCGACCAAAAAUCCUGAGCGAUGUAGAGAAUCAGCUGGAUGAGCUGGGAGUCGUCAUUGCACAGACUAGGAAGACUGUGGAACUCAUCAAGAGCACUGCCUUGAAGGAGAAGGACAUAGUUAGCAAGCUCUUUGCUGUGGCAACCAGAGCUCUGGAGACCUUCCAGAAAGAGGUGGCUACCUUCAUUGAGGAUGACGAGCAAUCCAUGUUGUCUGAGGCUGAAGAGUACCUCCGACAGAAGGAGGAGAGACGUGCCAAGCUAGCCCAAUGCAAGCAGAACCUGGAGCAAGUUUCCAGCACGGAUGCCCUUUGUUUCUUACAGGAGUUCCAGGCGUUAAAAAUAGCAGCCGAGGAAAAUAAUUCCCCAGGUCCGAGCUUCCAGAAGGAGCUGAGCUUCACUAAGUCCAGCCAGGUUGUGUGCGCCGUGAAGGAGCUGCUCGUGACGGCCUGCAAGAGCCAGUGGGACCAGCUGCUGGGGAAAGGGGCUGACGGAGCUGGCUUCCACGACAUGCAAGAAGUAAUUGCUGAGCCCCCACUCUCAGAUAAACCGAGCAAUCCAGCCUGUUCAGAAACACGAGACUAUUUCCUGAAAUUUGCCUUCAUCAUUGAUUUGGACAGUGACACUGCAGACAAGUUCAUCCAGCUCUUUGGAACCAAAGGGGCCAAACGCGUGCUCAAUCCCAUUGCCUACCCUGAGAGCUCAACCAGAUUCAUCAACUGCGAGCAGGUGCUGGGCGAAAACGUGAUGAACCGGGGCAACUACUACUGGGAGGUGGAAAUCAUCGAUGGCUGGGUGAGCAUCGGGGUCAUUACCGAUGACUUCAACUCGCGGGAGUCCUAUGACAGAGGUCGCCUCGGGAGGAACGAGAAGUCCUGCUGCCUACAGUGGAACGGACAGAACUACGUGGCCUGGUUCGGUGGCUUCGAAUCUGUCAUCCAGCAGCCGUUCUUCCACACCAUCGGGGUGUACCUAGAAUACUCCGAGAAGGCCCUGACGUUCUUUGGGGUCAAGGAUUCCAAGAUGACGUGUCUCCAGCAGCUCAAGGUCUCCCGCUUUAAGAAGGGCAUGUUUGACCCAUUCCAAAACAAGAUCAAUCACCAGUUCCCAUCCCUGUUCGCAUAUAACCUCAAACCAGCCUUUUUCCUUGAAAGCGUAGAUGCCCACCUGCAGCUUGGGCCGCUGAAGAGGGACUGUGUGUCGGUGCUAAAGCGGAGGUAACUUGCAGGGUGUUUGGCACAGAGGAGACCCAAAAUGCAUCUUUCUUGUGAUAGUUUGCUGUAGCUGUCAUUCGCACUUGAUAGCCUUCUCUAGCUGUGACGACUCUGCCUCUCCAGCCUGUGCUUUUGGUCACCCAGGGAAUUAAGGAAUAGAAGAAGCUUCCUGGUAGGUAGAAGCUCUGAGGAACCUGGUAGAAACUCAGAGGAACCUGGGUUUUAUUCCUGGUGCAGUCGUCUGGCCUGCAUGGUGACCCUAGGCAAGUCAUAGCACUUCUCUGUGCCUUAGGUUUCCCCUCUGUAAAAUGGGGGCCAGGAUUCAAAGUUCCUCAGUAAAGCGCUGCUCAUGAAAUGUGCUAGUACAAGCUAAAUAUUGUGUGUGGGGUGGGGGGGAGGUGUAAACUGGGCAUUUUUUUAAGAUGGGGCAUCUUACCAGCUCCCCAUGUGUGGCCUGGAGGAGAUCAUCUUACUGACCACUUGUACCAUUGUUACUCUGCACUGUGCAUUAUUAAGCACGAUCAGGGAGGAUGAUUCAAAAUGGACUUUCUGGAGGAAAGCUGCCUAGAUGGCACAGCGUUAUACAAACACAGUACUUUAUACAGCAGCACUAUAAUCUUCCCCAACACUGUUACCACUGCGCCUCACUCAGCCUUACCACAGAAGGCCCACGUCUGAGCAUAAGAGCGAGCAAACAAAUGUGAUCUCAUGACACACGGCAGGAAGCCCCCAUUCCUACACUGAUGAGGCCACAUCUAGAGGGCUCCAUUGUGUCCAAGCCAGCAAGAUAAAAUAUCAUCUCCUAGCGAGAAGAUGCUGCUGGUACCCUUGGCUGGAGAUACUAAAACAGCAACAGUGUUCGUAGAAGUGGUUUUGCCAUUUCACUUUUAAUAGCUACAUUAUUAGGUGACCCUAGAAACGAUUUAUUUAGCUGAUUGAAACAUUUAAACUCAUCUCUGCAGGAUCUUUAUUACAUUUUAUGUUACAACUCUUCUUUGUUUGGAACUUCAGCACAUUAAAAUCCCAAGCUCCUAAAAGAAACCAAUC